AUGGCCACGCCUAACACCGAAAAGGCUUCCCCUGGGUACUUUGAUAUAAACCCGAGAUCCUCAUCUAUCCAAACUCCAUACUUCGACGCCCCUAAGCCACAGUCCCCCGUCCAAACUCCUUUUUACGAUUGCGAACCACUGCCCACACCUUUUAUCGAGCAAUUACAAUUGCAUCACGGUCAUAAUAUUCAACCCAAGCUUCACCAAUCGCAGAACAAUAAUCACGAUUCCAACAUCACCUCGAGUGGGGUUGAUCCAUUUUUUGCAACAAACUCGUCGCCCCUCGGGUUCCCACUCAGGCAAUCACCAUUCCAGGGCGGCGCUGCUGUUGCACCGUCGUGGGUUCAAAACGGAGCUUUCGAUCAAAGGUUUCCUUUGCAGCGUCGGCAAACAUUAAAUCCAAAAGGAAUUGUCCCUAAGAAACCACAUUCCAUGCCAGCAGGACUGUCCCCAUUCAAUUCCUCAUUCGAAGAAUAUUCUGCAGAUAGUGUCGCCGUCAUAUUCAAGCAGCAACAAUCAUCACUUGAAUCCCCUUCCCCUCAAAAAAUUAUCUUGUUGCUCGAUUUGAGGACUUUCUCGAUACUAUCAUCGAUAAGUCGCAAACCAGGUCCAUUUACCUGCCCAACUCCUAUUAUCGAAAUGGCCGGAAUUAAUCCUUUUUUCUCUAACAUCCGGCAAAAUAUGGAGAUGAGUUCGGGUAUAACCGAAACGAUACCAGUUCGCGUUCCGCAAGGUAUCAAUUUAGACCGAUCGAAACUGCCCAAGUUUAUUUUAGACGUGGUUUACGGCGAUAACGGUGAUAGGAAACUAGCCGAAGCAUUUCAUGAAAUUGAGCGCGAUGAACAGAGGAGAUUGCAGUCACUAAUGCUUCACAAUUCAAAUCAGCCAACCACUGAAAAUCCCUUCAGCAUAUCGGCUGGUAUGGAAAAGGGAACCAAAAAUAGAUAUCAUAAUAUUUGGCCAUAUGAUCACGCUCGUGUCAAGAUUGGAGAAUGCAAAGAGGGCGAUUGUGAUUAUGUGAACGCUAGUUAUGUUCAAGCAGAUGGGUGUAAUAAACGUUAUAUUGCAACGCAAGGUCCCUUGCCCGCCACAUAUGAAGAUUUUUGGAAGGUGAUCUGGGAGCAGAACUCUCGAAUCAUUGUAAUGUUGACUAAAGAACAAGAAGCUGGCAGGAUUCAAUGUCAUCGGUAUUGGGCCGAGUGUACCGCAAAUCCCUGUCAGUUUGGUCCAUUAGAACUUCUCCUCAUUUCCGAACAUUCAAGCCAUAGUGUAGAUGGUGCAACAGAAAAUGGCAUUACCGUUCGGAAGUUCCGAUUACGUCACAGGAACCACCCGGAAUUGCCCGCUCGUGAAAUCACCCAAUUACACUUUCUUGGGUGGCCCGACUUCGGAAUUCCGGAUUCUCCGCGCCAUAUCCUAAAUCUAAUUGAAACUGCGAAUUCAAUCCAGUUAAAUGCAUCCAAACAAUGUGACGUUUCUCAAGAAAUCGGCCCUAUGGUUGUACACUGUUCCGCCGGUUGCGGUCGUACAGGAGCAUUCUGUACCAUCGACACCGUUCUCUCACUAUUUCACGAAAAAAAUUUCGAUACAAGUAAAGACAUCAUUCAGGAAACAAUUGCGCGUUUCCGCGAACAGAGGUUGAGCAUGGUUAAAACACUCAGGCAAUAUGUGUUUUGUUAUGAAGCAAUUCUAUGGAAAUUGUCAGGCGCCGCAUGA